UGCGGGCAGCGUGUGUCGGCGUAGCCUGCUAGCCCGGGCUGUGAGCGGGGAUGGCGGCGGUCACGGCCACUGCGGGGUGGCUGCUGCGGCUCCGGGUAGCGGGGAUCCGGGGACAGUGGCGACGGCUGCACGGUGCAGGGCAGGCGCGGGCCUUCCUGCGGCCCGCUUCGGCCGGCGGAGAUGCUGUUCAGAGGCGGCAGGUGGCUCAUUUCACGUUCCAGCCCGACCCGGAGACCCACGAGUACGGGCAGACUCAGAAAAUGAAUCUUUUCCAGGCAGUCACAAGUGCCUUAGAUAACUCAUUGGCCAGAGAUCCUACUGCAGUUGUAUUUGGUGAAGAUGUUGCCUUUGGUGGAGUCUUUAGAUGCACUGUUGGUUUGCGAGACAAAUAUGGAAAGGAUAGAGUCUUUAAUACCCCAUUAUGUGAACAAGGGAUUGUUGGAUUUGGAAUUGGAAUUGCAGUCACUGGUGCAACUGCCAUUGCAGAAAUUCAGUUUGCAGAUUAUAUUUUCCCUGCAUUUGACCAGAUUGUUAAUGAAGCUGCUAAGUAUCGCUAUCGUUCUGGGGAUCUUUUUAAUUGUGGAAGCCUCACCAUCAGGUCGCCUUGGGGCUGUGUUGGCCAUGGGGCUCUCUAUCACUCUCAGAGUCCAGAAGCUUUUUUUGCCCACUGCCCUGGAAUCAAGGUGGUUGUACCCAGAAGCCCUUUCCAGGCCAAAGGACUUCUUCUGUCAUGCAUAGAGGAUAAAAAUCCUUGCAUAUUUUUUGAACCUAAAAUACUUUACAGAGCAGCAGUGGAACAGGUUCCAGUUGAACCCUAUAAAAUCCCACUAUCCCAGGCUGAAGUCAUCCAGGAAGGGAGUGAUGUAACUCUUGUUGCCUGGGGAACUCAGGUCCAUGUGAUCCGGGAGGUGGCUGCUAUGGCUCAAGAAAAGCUUGGGGUAUCUUGUGAAGUCAUUGAUCUAAGGACUAUAAUACCUUGGGAUGUGGAUACCGUUUGCAAGUCAGUGAUUAAAACGGGGCGACUGCUAAUCAGUCAUGAGGCUCCCUUGACAGGCGGCUUUGCUUCGGAGAUCAGUUCCACAGUUCAGGAGGAAUGCUUCUUAAACCUAGAGGCUCCUAUAUCAAGAGUCUGUGGGUAUGAUACACCAUUUCCUCACAUUUUUGAACCAUUCUACAUCCCAGACAAAUGGAAGUGCUAUGAUGCUCUAAGAAAAAUGAUUAACUAUUGAUCACACUG